AUGUCGGCACCAAACUCUUCCUCCAACAACUCAAACAACGCAGCAAGCAUGCUCAGCGGCCACGCCCAAUACGCAAAAGGUUACGUUGAGGAAACCGUUGGUAACUUGACGGGUUCAAAAGAGUGGCAGGACAGCGGCAAGAAAGACACUGCGGCCGGAAUCGAAGAGAUGAAAGCCGCGAACGCGCAGAAGACUUCUGAGCCUACGGCUUCUGGCCUGGGCGGGAAGGUUGAGGAAAUGGCGGGAAAGGCGGCGGGGUGCGAGGGGAUGCAGAAGGAGGGGGCGGUUAGACAGGAGAAGGCGUUGUAG